AUGAAGAAGAGGCCAACAUUUGUCAUCGCUCCCACCAUGUACGACGAAAAAAUGGAGGAGUCCACUCCACCUGUAAUCAAGAAGGUGUUAGAUGAAUUCAAGGAUGUGAUGCCAGACGAGCUUCCAAAGAGACUGCCUCCCAGGAGGGGAGUUGAUCACCAAAUUGAGCCGGGUGCUGUGUGCAGAGCCCGGCCUAAGCAAAGAUAUCGAAUGUCUCCUCCGGAACUUAAGGAGUUGAAGAGUCGGCCCAACGGAGAUGCCGGAGGCAGAAUUCAUCAAACCCUCAAAGACAAGUUCGUGGUGGUGUACUUGGAUGAUAUCGUGGUCUACAGCGCCACUUUAGAAGAGCAUCAGGAACACUUGACAACGGUGUUUCAGAAGUUGAGGAAGGAACAAUUGUAUGUAAAGCGCGAGAAGUGUUCUUUCGCUCAGAAAAGUAUCAAGUUCCUGGGUCAUAUUGUGGAACACGGGAAAAUCCGUAUGGACAUGGAAAAGGUGCGGCGAUCCAAAGAGUGGACGACCCCAACCAACGUGAAACAACUUCACUCGUUUCUGCCUAACCAACUACUAUGUAAGAUUUGUGGAGGGCUAUUCGGGAAGAGUGUCACCCUUAACAGAGUUAUUGAAGAAGGGUGUUACUUGGACGUGGUCUGA